AGUAGCGCACAUGGAAGGCUUCAGUCUCACCGUUUACUAUAUUUACACAAGGAAGACUGAGCAGUAGGUCUGAGAAUGCAUUAGUCUUUAAAUCCUUACAUUUUCAAAAGUCGUGGACUGGUUUUGUUCUUUAGAGGCGCGAAAUCAUGGCUGGAAGUUUGUCAGACUGUCACCGCAGGUUCCUGCAGUCUCUGAUGUGUAAUGGGAUCAUUGUCCGGUCCAAAGCCAUCGCACUGCAUCGGAAUUGCUGCGAGGUGCACAAUACACAUUACACACGCGAUGGACUGGAUGAAUUUAUUGAUCUCAUCAACUCUCAUCUGGAACCACUGUUCAUGCAGAUCCGGAAAUCUGUGUCCGAAGAAGAUGGUCUUCAGUAUUAUGCUUUGGUGAAUAUGGCUGAGACAGACAUAACCAGGAUGUCUUCUGAUUAUGCCGACAAUGAGCUUGAGCUUUUUAGAAAAACGAUGGACCUGAUUGUGGACUCUGAGAGCGGAAGGGCCUCCUCUACUGACAUCCUAAACUGUGCCGACAGCCUGAACACCAGGAAGAUGAAGAAGAAGGAGACUGAGUUGCUUCUUACUAGGCUGGUGCGGGAUAAGUGGCUGAAUGAGAAACAUGGCGAAUACACCCUGAGUACCCGCUGUAUUAUGGAGAUGGAGCAGUAUAUUCAGAAGAUCUACCAGGACAUGGUGAAGACAUGUGCCAUAUGUCACAAUGUCGUGUUUCAGAGUCAGAUGUGUGACAACAUGUCCUGUGGGAUUAAGAUGCACAUUCCCUGCGUUGCGAAAUACUUCAAGGGCCGCAGUGAUCCUCAGUGCCCAGUGUGUAAUGCGUUCUGGCCCCACGAGAUUCCAGAGAUCAGGGAUACAGCUCAGGUGCCUUUGGAGAUGGAGAACACUGCUCCAACACCUUCAACUUCGCAUUCUCGUCGGAGAAGAUAGCGCUUCACAUUUGCCUCCUGCAUAUCUAACAGCAGCUUUAUCUCGUCAUUAGCUCAUGGUUGUCAUAUCUGAACUAGCUCUGAACCCUACUGUUUUUCCAUUUGUAUAUAUUAGUUCCUCACUGAUGCCAGAUAAACAUUGGAAGUGUUCCACUUCCAAUGGAACACUAGACAAGCAAAUGGAGGAAGGAGACUGUCACCAUUUCUCGACGUUUCCUUUGCAUUUUUGUACUUUGUUGAAACUGUACUUUUUUUAAAGCUUGGUUUUAAUAAAAGACUGUUCGCAUGAA